GGAUCGGGUUUGAUGGGUUUGGGGGAGAGAUAAAGAAGAGGACAAUCCACGAGCGAAUAUUAAAUGAGUGGACAGAUUGAUAUGAAGCAGUGCAGUACAGGAGUUGUGGUGAUUCCGUGCCCCAAAGACCUUUCCCUCUCUCUCUCUCUCCCUCCAUCACCACUAGUUGUAGACCUCCAUCUUGGCUCUUCCUCGAUUUGAUCGUUCCUCUAUUACUCUCUCUUUCUUUCCACUACUCUCUCUCUCUCUCUCUCUCUCUCUCUACCUUCUCUCGUUUUAACAUUUUUUCUUCUCCUUUCUUGCCAGUAAUGGCAGUCUAUCAGUGGCAGUGCAAGAAAAGAGGGAGAGAGUUUUCAUCGGGAAGGUAAAGCUUUGCAAGAUAAAUAAAAACAUUAGGCGUAGGCGUCCCUUGCUCUAAGCUGUUGUUACAGUGGCUUACACAGCGUGCACUGUGAAACCCCAUCUCUCUCUCUCACUUCUCAUUGAUCUCACUCAGAGAGAGAGCCAAAGAAGGGGGGAGAGAGAGAGAGAGAGAGAGAGAAAGAGAGGAGUUAAUGCUGUUAAUGCCCAGAAAGAAAAACACCCAUUUCCAAAGGAAAUCUGAACAGGCUUUACAGACGAAGCCAAGGGGAAAAACCCUUCACAGCUGACUACUAUUACUACCAAUAUUUAGGAUUUUCUGUAAAAAGGCUGAAAGUUGUAGCAUAAAAACCGGGAGAGCACUGGAGAGACAAAAGACGAUCUUAGUAAAGAGAAGAAGAGAGAGAGAGAGAGAGAGAAAAGAGAGAGAUGGUUAUAUAAGUAUGGAAAGAUAAGAAAGUGAGAGAUAAUGGAGGGUGGUUCUAGUAGCACUGCUUGUUUGAUGGCUUUUGGAGACAACAGUAGUAAUGGACUAUGUCCUAUGAUGAUGAUGCCUCUCAUGACUACAUCUAAUCCUAAUGCUGCAGACGCAAAUACCCUAUUUCUUCCUCUGCCUCCCAACCACAAUCACGACCUUAACCGCAACAGCAGUAGAGGCUCCUCUCUGAUACUGGAGAAUCACAACCAUAACCAGCACACCACCACCACCUCCACCAACAACCACCACGGCAGUGACCCUGGGUGUUAUUUCAUGGAAACCCAUGGCAACAACGAUGGCAGCACUUCUUCUGUCAAGGCUAAGAUCAUGGCUCAUCCUCACUACCACCGUCUCUUGGCCGCCUAUGCCAAUUGCCAAAAGGUCGGAGCACCACCUGAAGUAGUUGCAAGAUUAGAGGAAGCUUGUGCAUCUGAGGCUGCCAUGGUUCGCACUGGAACAAGCUGCAUAGGCGAGGAUCCGGCUCUCGAUCAAUUCAUGGAGGCCUACUGUGAGAUGCUGACCAAGUACGAGCAAGAGCUCUCCAAACCCUUCAAGGAAGCUAUGCUUUUUCUCUCAAGGGUCGAGUGCCAGUUCAAAGCCCUCACAGUUUCUUCUUCUGAUUCUGCUGGUGGCGAGGGCCUUGAUAGAAAUGGAUCAUCUGAAGAAGAAGUUGAUGUAAAUAACAACUUCAUUGAUCCUCAAGCAGAGGACAGGGAACUGAAAGGCCAGCUUCUGCGCAAGUAUAGUGGAUAUCUAAGCAGUCUCAAGCAGGAGUUCAUGAAGAAGAGAAAGAAAGGAAAGCUACCUAAAGAAGCCCGGCAGCAGUUGCUGGAUUGGUGGAGCAGACACUACAAAUGGCCAUACCCAUCGGAGUCGCAGAAGUUGGCUCUUGCAGAAUCCACAGGCCUGGAUCAGAAGCAAAUAAACAACUGGUUCAUUAACCAAAGGAAGCGGCACUGGAAGCCCUCAGAAGAUAUGCAGUUUGUGGUUAUGGAUGCCACACAUCCAGGCCACUAUUACAUGGACAAUGUCUUGGGCAAUCCCUUUCCCAUGGAUCUCUCCCCAACUCUCCUCUGAAGAUGGAAGAUGACCGGCUUAAACUAUUGAAAAUGCAACUGCAUUUCUGAACCUGUAGCUUUAUAUAUUAUUGAAUGGUGUUAUAUAUUUUUACUGUACUCUUACCACUUGUAUCUAUGUUUUGCCUAUUUAAUGCUAAAUCAGACUGCUAAAUGCAGCUCGUCCUCCCUUAAAAAUGUUUUUCUAGUGAUGGGUUUGUGUUGUGGUUCUUGUACUUGGGGUGAAUCCACUUUGGAAAUGGCUGAGAUUUCAUAGCCAAGAAGUUUGAAAUGUACAUGGUUCCUGGUUUUAAGCUCCUUUCUACUUUCA